UCGGGAAGUGGAGCGAAUUCGGAGAGAGAAGAAGAGGAAGAGUGGGCAGGAUUUGGCCAAGGCUCAUCUUCAGAUGACGUUGAUAUGGUGGAAGCAACGACCAAUGUCCCUCCAACAUCGACAGAGGCCGAGCCUGUCACGUCUGGAACGCGCUACGUUCCACCCCACCUACGUAAGCAAGCUGGGAACGGUGAAAAGAGCUCAGAAGAGCAACUAAAACUCACGCGACAAAUGAAGGGUCUGUUGAAUCGCAUGAGCGAGCAAAACAUGUCGAGCAUACUUGAUGGUGUAGAGGAGCUAUAUCGUAAACAUCGACGAUAUGAUGUGACUUCUACGGUGACAACACUACUCAUCGAUGGAAUAUCGUCACAUUCUAUGCUUCUGGACUCAUACGUUGUCCUUCAUGCGGCAUUUGUAUCCAGCCUUCAUAAACUGAUUGGACUUGAAUUUGCGGCCUACUUCGUACAGAAUGUCGUGGCAACCUAUGAACGCCAUUUCACUCAACUGGAGGAACAGAUACCCAACGCAGACUCUGUGGAACCGCAGGAUGAUCGUGGAAAGGAAUGCUCCAACUUGAUUGUACUUCUUUCCGAGUUGUACAACUUCCAGGUGGUCUCGUGUAUCCUCGUGUAUGAUUUGAUUCGUCAGUUGUUGGCCAAGGAGUUAUCAGAGUUCAACGUGGAGCUGUUGCUCAAAAUUCUUCGAAAUUCUGGUCAGCAGCUUCGUCUGGACGACCCUUCUGCACUCAAGGAUAUUAUCACAACGGUACAAACGAGACUAGCAGGUGAUAGUGGUACUCUCAGUUCUCGGACGCGUUUCAUGAUGGAGACGCUUAACAAUCUCAAAAACAAUAAGGUGAAGAAAAGUGCCACGCAGCAUCAGGGAGGAGAUGCUAUGGAAAGGAUGAAGAAAUUUAUAUCUGGUUUGAGCAAAAAACGACAUGUACUAGCUCACGAGCCGCUGCGCGUGUCAUUGCAGGACCUCCAUUCUGCAGAGAGUAAAGGAAAGUGGUGGUUAGUGGGCGCUGCAUGGGGCGGCGAUCCACUUCUCGAUCGUCAAGAGACGAGCGCGAGACAAGAGAAUGAUAAUGUUCAAGAAGAUCUAAAUGAUAUGUCAUUGCUGAAGCUUGCGAAGAAGCAAGGCAUGAACACAGAUAUUCGACGUAGCAUAUUUGUUGUAUUGAUGAGUAGCGACGAUUAUGUUGAUGCUUGCGAGCGGCUAUCGCAGCUGAAUCUGACAGAAGUCCAACAACGGGAAGUCGUCAGAGUGAAUUUGCACUGUUGUGGCAAUGAAAGAAACUAUAAUCCUUAUUACACGCUAGUCUGUCAACAGCUCUGCCGAACCUCACACUCGUACAAGGUGACUCUGCAAUACUGCCUCUGGGACUUUCUGAGAGAUCUUGGCGAAACCAAUGUUGGUGGUGCUGAGGUCAUCAAAAACUUAAAUGAAGAUGCCACUAGUUUCGAUAUCAAGAGUAUCUCUUCCACUAGAAUGGGGAACGUUGCCAAGGCAUAUGCAUGGUGGAUAACGAGAGACUGUUGUUCUUUGACCAUCUUGAAGCCUGUUGACUUUACCGUCCUCAAACCUCAAACGCGCAAAUUUCUGAAGGACUUGUUCACCAAUAUCUUCAUCGCUAGUCAGAUAUCUUCGCCAGUGUUUAGAACAGGCCUCGAACAUCUUCCAACAACACGCAAUCGCGGAGCUCUGGAAGAGAUAUUCAUCAAGACGACGCGACCGGAGAACCUUGGCCUAGGCUUGAUGUACUUCAUGUCGGAAAACUUUCGUGGUGAGGGUGGAUUUCUGAAAUGGGCUAGUGGUGUUGCGCGAGAGACUUUACAAACCGGGAUGGAUAUCGUCCCGAGUCUAUAACAACCGACCACACGAUAUCUACAAAAUUUCCGAAAUAUCACGAGUGUGCUACUGCAUACGAAAUGUGGACUAUAGUUCAGGCUUCUUGAACGCCACGCUGGAGCAUAUGCUCCCACUUUUACCUCCAAAAGUAUAUGUUGGGUGUUGUAUUCGAGAACUUUGCGAAGAGGCAGGUGAAAACGGGUUUGUGGGCAUAACUACCAAUUGACUCACUGGUACUGUAAACCCGUCUUAGGAGUUACAAACUUCGCUGUCAGCUCUUCUUCAGUGAAAUUGCAAGCUUUGUAUUCAGAAUUAGUUAAUAAUCAUCACUUGGCUCAUACUG